CUCUAAGCGCUCUCACGCUCUAGCUCGGAGAGGAGAGAGAGAGAGAGAGAGAGAGAGUCCGCAGCCUCAGCAGGGGGGACGUCCAUUUCUCCGUUUGAUCGACUCCGCUGUGGAGUUUCAACCAUGUACAGGAACGCCGCCUCGCGUCUCAGGGCUCUCAAGAGCCAUACUGGUGGCACAAUAACAGCGAGAUGUGCCACUACGGUCGCAGAGAAGUCCUCCUCCGGAGGUCUUUUUAGCUGGCUUACUGGGGAACGGUCCAGUACUCUUCCUCCUCUGAAUGUUCCUCUGCCUGGCGUUUCACUUCCUCCUCCUUUGCCAGACUAUGUGGAACCAGGAAAAACGAAGGUCACGACUCUCCCCAAUGGUGUUAAGAUUGCUUCAGAGACAUCCACGAAUCCUGCUGCAUCCAUUGGCCUGUUUGUUGAUUGUGGCUCUGUUUAUGAGACACCCAUUUCAUUUGGGGCCACUCACCUUCUAGAAAGGAUGGCAUUCAAAAGUACAACCAACCGCAGCCAUCUACGCACUGUUCGAGAGGUUGAGGCGAUAGGAGGAAAUGUUAUGGCUUCAGCUUCUCGAGAGCAGAUGUGCUAUUCUUAUGAUGCUUUGAAAACUUAUGUACCCGAGAUGGUUGAAUUGCUAAUAGAUAGUGUCAGAAAUCCUGUUUUCCUGGACUGGGAGGUUGAUGAGCAGCUACAGAAGGUGAAGGCAGAGAUUGCAGAAAUUUCUAAUAAUCCACAGGGUUUGCUAUUGGAGGCAAUUCAUUCAGCUGGAUACUCAGGCGCUUUGGCAAAUCCUUUAUUGGCUCCUGAAUCUGCAAUAAACAGAUUAAAUAGUUCAAUUCUGGGGGAGUUUGUUUCUGAAAAUUAUACUGCUCCACGGAUGGUUUUGGCAGCAUCCGGUGUGGACCAUGAGGAAUUACUUGCAGUUGCAGGGCCUCUUUUGUCAGACAUGCCAAAGGUUCCUCCACCUGAAGCUCCAGAAUCUGUAUAUGUUGGAGGUGAUUUUCGGUGUCAAGCAGAUUCACCACAGAGCACCCAUGUUGCUCUUGCUUUUGAAGUUCCAGGGGGCUGGAAUAAUGAGAAGGAUGCAAUCACACUGACAGUGCUUCAGAUGUUGAUGGGUGGAGGUGGUUCUUUCUCUGCUGGUGGUCCUGGGAAAGGGAUGUAUUCUCGACUAUAUUUACGGAUCCUAAAUCAGUUUCAGCAAAUUCAGUCAUUCUCUGCCUUCAACAGUGUUUACAAUAAUACUGGUAUUUUUGGAAUUCAUGCAACAACGAGUUCAGACUUUGUACCCAAGGCUGUUGAUUUAGCUGCAAGAGAACUAUUGGCGAUGGCAACACCUGGAGAAGUUGAUCAGGUGCAGCUUGAUCGUGCCAAAACUUCCACAAAAUCUGCAGUUUUGAUGAACCUGGAAUCACGGAUGGUUGCUGCUGAAGAUAUUGGUCGUCAGAUCUUAACCUAUGGAGAAAGGAAACCUGUUGAGCAUUUUCUUCACAUUAUUGAUGGAGUCACGCUGAAAGACAUCUCUGCUUUCGCGGAGAAGAUCAUCUCAUCGCCCCUAACAAUGGCCUCAUGGGGAGACGUUGUGAACGUCCCUAGAUACGAUUCUGUCAGCAGCAAGUUCCGUGCUUAGCAAAGACUAGGAGUUACUGUUCCAGGGAGUCGUCCUCUUUUGUCCAUUUAAGGUUUGUAUUUCUUGGUUCCUCCAUUGAUGCUCUUGGCUGCUGAGCAAAUAAAUUAUCACAUUAUGGUGGCAUCUCGAGUCCCUUGCCAGUUGUACAUGCUGGUAUUCCUUGUCAAAAAUUUCUUGCAGGCACUAGUAAUUGCUAAUCUUUGGGCUAUAUUUCUUAUCGUUC